AUGAUCCGGUACUCUGAUACGUCCUUUGUUGGUUUGUUAGAGUUAGAGCCGCAUAAGGAACAUCUCAGUCUUAACGGUUAUAGAGCGAAUGAAGCUGAGUUCAGUAGAGUAUGGAAUGGAUUGACUCAACGUAUGAUACAAGAAGCUUCCUCUACCACUGAUGCAAUAUGGUCUAGUGCCAAGUACUAUGUAGCUGAUGCAGCCGCCUUGCCUGAUUCGCAGGCUCUCUAUGCAGCGAUGCAAUGCACCCCUGAUUUGUCUCCGGCUCAGUGUAAUCUCUGUUUAACCGAAUGUCUUGGUAACUAUCAGAGGUGUUGCCUUGGCCGGCAAGGAGGCUCUGUCAAUAGGCUAAGCUGCGGUUUCCGGGCAGAGUUAUAUGCAUUUUCUGGAGCAUUUAGUGGUGUGACAGCAAGACCUCUGUCCCAACCUCCAACCAAGACAGAAAGCAACAAAUUCUCAACGGGAACUAUUGUAGCAAUUGUUGUUCCUAUUGUAGUGGUCAUGAUCAUGAUGAUCAUCAUCAUCAUCAUCUUCUUCUUGGUACUGCUUGCCCGCCGUUCUCAGAGUAGAAAAUCAUAUCAAGAAGCUGAUCUUGAUCAAUCUGGUAUUACGACUCUACAGUCCCUACAAUUUGAUUUUAAGACAAUUGAAGCUGCAACUAACAAAUUUGCUCAGACUAACAAGCUAGGUCAAGGUGGAUUCGGUGAAGUUUAUAAGGGCAAGUUAGUUGAUGGAACAGAAGUUGCAGUGAAGAGGCUGUCUAAAACAUCAGAACAAGGCUCACAAGAGUUCAAAAACGAGGUUGUUCUAGUGGCAAAGCUUCAGCAUAGGAGCCUUGUUAAGCUUCUUGGGUUUUGUCUGGAAGGAGACGAAAAGAUACUUCUUUAUGAAUUUGUCCCCAACAAAAGCCUAGACUACUUCCUUUUUGAUCCUUCAAUGCAAGGGCAGUUAGAUUGGACCAAACGAUAUAACAUUAUUAUGGGAAUCACUAGAGGAAUUCUAUAUCUUCAUCAUGAUUCACGUCUCACAAUCAUACACCGUGAUCUCAAAGCCAGCAACAUUCUUCUAGACGCGGAUAUGGACCCGAAGAUCGCUGAUUUUGGAAUGGCGAGGAUCUUUGGAAUAGACCAAAGUGUAGCUAACACUAAAAGGAUAGCUGGAACUUUCGGUUACAUGCCCCCGGAAUAUGUGAUCGACGGCCAAUUCUCAAUAAAAACUGACGUCUAUAGCUUCGGUGUCUUAGUCCUUGAGAUUGUAUGUGGCAAGAAGAACAGAAGUUUCUACCAAUCAAAUAAUACAGCUGAGAACUUGGUCACCUAUGCUUGGAGGUUAUGGAGAAACGAGUAA